GAGGGAGGGAUGGCCGCCUUGGAGCUGUACCGGAUGACCACCAUCGGCGUCAACCUCACGGCGACGCUGGACGAGAUGGUCUUCAGCGGCAGGCUCAGCCCCGAGCUCGCCGUCCGGGUCCAACUGCAGUUUGACGAGUCCAUGAGCGCCUUGCUGGAGAAGCAGGUGACGAGCAUGGCCUUCUUCAAGGGCAAUCUGCACACCUACAGGUACUGCGACAACGUCUGGACUUUCAUCCUGAGAGAUGCGACGUUCAGGAACGAGGAGAUGGCAGGGGCAGAGAAUAUCGGCAACGUGAUGAUCGUGGCCUGCAAUUCCAGUUUGCUGAAGCCUAAGGAGCCUCCACAACAGUAA